AUGUCCGACACGAACUCGCCGCCCCGCUCGCCUCCCCCCACCGAGCGCCGCCGCUCGUCCUUUGCCGGCCAGGCCUUCGCCGACCUGUUCGGUCGCCAGCCCGCCGGCCAGAGCCCCAACAACGCCAACAACAACGCCAACGCCAACGGCAAUGCGAACUAUCAGGGCCCAAUCACCACUGCCGCCGCCCAGGCCAACCGUCGCCGCCUGUCACUGACCACCCUCGGUCUGUCGGGCUCGCCCAGCCAGCCUUCUCCAUUCAGCACCAUGCGGAGCCGUGGCGAGAGCGUUUCGUCUGCCACCUCGGGCUCCUUCAACGAGAGCCCAUUCGACGACGACGACACGUCCAGCUCCAACAGUCCGCCCAACACUGCCGCUACGUCGCCGUUUGCGCGCAGGCUGAGUUUUGGUGCCCGGGCGCUUCGCGACGUGAAGCAGGGAAAUGGGAGCGGAAACACAUCUGCCAAUGGUAGAGCUCGCCCCAAUGCUUCUUUCAAGUCUCCUACCCCGUCUUCGAACAUUACUGCGACCAAGGGUCGAGAUGGCUUUAACUUCGCUGAGAACAUGCGUACCCGAGCAGAGCGCUCUUCCAUUUCAGCUGCCAGCCCUGGCCGGGUCUCUCCGCCCAUGCAUCACCGGGCUAAGAGCAUCGCCACUGCCGAGCCCAUUCGCGAGGUACCAAAGGUCGCCAAGGCCCCCGAUGCCUUCCAGGAGCGUAUCUUGAAGGGUGACUUCUACAUGGACUAG